AUGGCAGGCAUUCGUUGGGGCAGUUUAUUUCCCAUAGUGAUGGGCGUCGUCGCCGUCGCACUGGGGAUAACACUGCUGGCCACGGGAAACAAGGUCAGCAGCGCAAACGUCAAUGAUGCGUGGCUCAUUGCAGGGCAGAGCCAGAUCGAGAUAACACCAGCCAACAACGGUCCAGCCAGCGGCAAUGCGGACCCAAACAGCGUCCAGGGAAUCCUCAACGGCCUCAUCAACGGCAUCUCCAACAACCUGACUGGAAUGAUCAACGGCGCCGUCCAGGACCUCCAGGGCCAGCUCAUCAGCAACGUGACCAAGUCGCUCAACCUCAAGGACACUUAUGUCAUGUUUGUCACUCGGCAAUGCGAGGGCGACUAUGUGGAUCGGCUGAAUCCACGCUCCGAGAUUAAGAUCACGGAUUGCUAUUCCUACGAUGACAAGAACAAAGGCCUCCGACGAAUCUCCAACAGCAUCCCCAGCACCUUCACCGUCGCGACCGCCAAUGUCACCGUGCCGCUGAUCCAAGUGAUGAGCACGACCAUCGGCCUGCUGGUCGACAUCAUCAGCAUCGGCAGCCGCUUCAUGACGGCCAUGCUGAUAAUCGGCGUCAUCGGCACGGGCGUCGCCGUGAUAGGCUCAUUUGUGUUCCUGGCGACCGGCCGGAAGCGCCUGGCCGUCGUGGCGUGGACGGGCUCCGCGCUGCUCGGCUCGGCCGCCUUUGGGGUCCUUGCCGUCGCGGGCACGGCCAUCGCGUACGGCGGGUCCAGCGCCAUGGACUCGGCGGGUGGUGCGCUCAACAUGUCGGCCAGGACCACGAGCGCCUUCCUGGCGCUGGCUUGGCUGGCCGCCGUGUUUGCCGGCUUCGCCGCCAUGUUUUGGUGGGUGGUCUGGUUCGUCGAGUUCAGGCGCCACUCGUACAAGAAGAGGGCGCGCACGCCCAACCAGGUUGGCAAUUACAAGGGCAUCUGGCAGGAGGUCAAGAACGAUCACACCGUCACGGAUGCUGAGCCCGGUUCCAAGGAGGAGGCGGUCAUCAUGGGUACCGCGCAGCCGUUGGCAACGACGAGGUUUGUUUGA